GUGUGAGGUUUAUUACAGCGCUGCUGCUCCGAGACUCACAACUCAAGCACUGAUGGUAGAUGGUGGUAAAUCUGCAGUGAAUGAUGGGAGAUCAGUGGAACACUCACACCUCAGUGAUGAUGAUGUCGUCAGAUCCUUAUCUGGAUCCCAAAGAUCUGUCCAGCAUUUCUCAGAUCAGUGCGUCCCAGCACAUCCACACGCUUCCAUCAGCACAUUCCUACAGCGUCCUGAAUGCCUUCUGCACUGAGGAGAAUGUUCUACAGUGUGUCACCUACAUCAACCAGGAGGCCAGCUCUCUGGCUUUAGGUGGUGUGUGUGUGGAGGAGAACCGGGUGAGGAACACUCUGAGUGCCGUACCUGCUCUCAACCUGCUGUACGAGUUACUGCAGCUACACCGGAAACAACAGCGCACCCUACAGGACCUGGAGGUGCGUCAGCUGAAGAACGGCAGCGACCUGGAACACCUGCAGCACAACAACUCUCGUCUCAAGGAUCAGCUGGAACACACUCGGAGGGAGAACUCGGGUCUGCACGAGGGAGAACGGCAGCUUCACCUGAAGAUCAGAACCCUACAGAGCUGUUUAAAGUCGGAGAAAGAGGAAGUCCAGAAGCUCCAGAGCAUCAUCUCUAGCCGAGCUACUCAGUACAACCACGACGCUAAACGUAAAGAGCGAGAGUGCACCAAGCUAAAGGAGCGACUCAACCAGCUACUGGUGGAUAAGAGGGACAAAAAACUGGCCAUCGAGUUGAUGAACUGUGUGAGUAGAUCUGAUGGAAGAAGAGGAACGUGGAAGACGGGCAGGAUGGAGGCCAGGCACGAGGGUGAGAUGUACCAGGCUCUGCUGGGUGAUUAUGAGACGAGGCAGCAGCUGCUGGUGCAGGAGAACUCUGAGCUGAAGAAACUUCUCCACCAGAUUAAGAUGGACAUGGUGUUUCUCCUCAAUCCCACCAACACACACCGCAGCAGGACGGAGGAUAGUUUAGAACAGGUGAACUCUGAGGUGGAGGACGAUCAUGAUGAGUGCAGUAAGGAGGUUCUGGAUCAGCUGUGUGUUGAUGCGAGGGAGCAGCUCACCAACAGCAUCCGACUUCAGUGGAGGAAACUUAAAAACCGCAUGCACACACUGGACAACCAGGUAUCUCAGGAGGAAGUGAUUUCCAGGAGAGAUCAUGAAGAAGCGCUGCAGGGGAUCAGAGUGGAACUGCAGCAGUGUACAGAGUUCAUACACACACAACAACAGUUACUGCAGCAGCUGGUCUCCUCUCCGUGUGACGAGGACACAGCAGCUCUGUUGAACGACGGCUACACUCUGGAGGAGAAGGAGCGACUGAAGGAGGAGUGGAGCAUCUUCAGCCAGCAGAAGAAAACCUUUGAGAGGGAGCGGAAGAACUUCACAGAAGCUGCUAUUCGUCUCGGACACGAGAGGAAGGCGUUUGAGGAGGAUCGAGCUGCCUGGUUAAAGACUCAGUUUCUCAACAUGACGCCAUUUACAGAGCGAAAACGUCCCGCCUCCGCCUCACGCAGCCAAUCAUCACUCAAUGCAGAACCUGAAGCCAAAGUUCUCUCCACCCCUCUCCCCCCGGUGAGACCCGUGUCCCGAUCAGAGUUCAUCACCCCGAAACGUUCUCCUCUCAACCAGCUGCCCUCCACCGCCGAGCUGUACCGAACCCUGCAGCUCCGCCCGGAUACCAGGAGUGGAGGUGUGAGCAGCAGCAGCAGUGAGACGUCAACAAGCGACACUUCAGCUACAUUCAUUCACUGAGAGAGAGAGAACAGCGCCACCUACAGUACCAACAUAUCUACACACACACAGAACAGCGCCACCUACAGUACCAACAUAAUAACACUCCUACACACACUCCUAGAAACACACCUACACAUACACACACACACAGAGAACAGCGCCACCUACAGUACCAACACACUCCCACACACUCAGUAUUUGAAGUGAAAUAUUUGUGAUCCUUGUUUAUACUGAAGUGAAACAGAAGGGGGCAGCACUCCAGCACAGCACUCCAGCACAGCAGGAAACAUCUGGAUUCAUUUCCAUCGUAUUUUAGUAUGAGAGUAUUACAUUUCUGUUUGUUAGUGAACACUAGCGCUUCUGUCCAAGCAGGAUUGACUUCCUAAAGGUGUCACCAACACACGUGCAAUCUGAGUGUAGCAGCGAGGGGGCGCUGUAGCUUUAACAUCUGUAUUUCUGCUAUAAUCAGUGUGAGUGUGAGUGUGAGUGUGUGUGUGUGUGUGUGUGUGUGUGUGUGUGUGUGUGUGUGUGUGUGUGUAUCCGUGUAUCCCUGCUCUGUCAUGGCAGAAAUGUCUGAUGAUGCAGAAUCUGAGAUACUUCAGCUACAGAGCAGAAUCUCUGAUCUACAGACUCUCUGAUCUGAGUGUAGCGCCCCCUUCAGUACCGUGUGUUUAUUACCUCUAUAGAGAGAACAAAUGCUCUGAUGAUGUUUGUUUACAUUAAUGGUGUUUAGCUGAUACUUUUAUCCAAAGAGCUGAAGGUGGUAACUGAGGGGUCAAAUACCUUCAUCACUGAGAUACCACCGACCUGCAAUCCUAAUCUGAUACUAAUCCAGAGUCUAAUCUCAGAUCUAAUCCAACAUCUAAUCCAGAGUCUAAUCUAAAUCUAAUCCAGAGUCUAAUCUCAGAUCUAAUCCAACAUCUAAUCUGAUACUAAUCUAAAAUCUAAUCCAGAGUCUAAUCCAACAUCUAAUCUCAGAUCUAAUCUAAAUCUAAUCCAGAGUCUAAUCUCAGAUCUAAUCCAACAUCUAAUCUCAGAUCUAAUGUAAAUAUAAUCCAGAGUCUAAUCUCAGAUCUAAUCCAACAUCUAAUAUCAGAUCUAAUCUAAAAUCUAAUCCAGCAUCUAAUCCAGAGUCUAAUCCAACAUCUAAUCUAAUGUCUAAUAUAAAAAUCUAAUCUCAGAUCUAAUCUAAAAUCUAAUACUACAUCUAAUCUAAUACCUAAUCUAAAAUUAAAUCCUACAUCUAAUCUUGGAUCUAAUCCAACAUCUAAUCUCAGAUCUAAUCUCAGAUCUAAUCUUACAUCUAAUCUCAGAUCUAAUCUAAAAUCGAAUCCUACAUCUAAUCUCAUAUUUAAUCUCAGAUCUAAUCUAAAAUCUAAUCUAAAAUCUAAUCCAACAUCUAAUCUAAAAUCUAAUCCAACAUCUAAUCUCAGAUUUAAUCCAACAUCUAAUCUCUGAUUUAAUCUCAGACCUAAUCUAAAAUCUAAUCCCACAUCUAAUCUCGGAUCUAAUCUAAAAUCUAAUCUCAGAUCUAAUCUAAAAUAUAAUCCUACAUCUAAUCUCGGAUCUAAUCUAAGAUCUAAUCUCAAAUCUAAUCUAUAAUCUAAUCGAAAUCUGAUGCAACAUCAAAUCUCGGAUUCAAUCCAACAUCUAAUCUCAGAUCUAAUCUCACUCCACACAUGUUCAGCUUUACCUCACAAAGCUUCAUGACAAUCUCAUAAUGUUUACGUCAUCAUACUGAAUCUCCACUCACUGACUUGUCUUGUUAUAUAACAAUAAUGAUGUAAUAAUAACAAUGAUGUAAUAAUGAUGUCAUAAUAGCAAUAAUAAUAAUGAUGAUGUAAUAACGUUAGAGCACUUUAGCAACAUUUACAGCUUUAUCAUCUUUUUUAUCUGAGCGCUAAUAUAAUAAAGUAUUAAAUAUAAAGAAAUAUUUAUAUAUUUUAGUAAGUAUGAUCAGAUCUAAUAUGGGCGUGUCUGAUCAGAGGGAUUAUGGGUAAUGUGCAGUAGAUGUUUUGUAGAGAUGAUAAAUGUAAUAUGUGGUUAUGUAAUUUGGGAUGUAGCACAUGUAGUUUUAUACACCGUUUCUGGGUGAUUCUUACAAAUCAAUGCAAUAAAGGAGUAAAUUCUACAAUCAGUGAA